AUGAACCAAAUGAGCCCCAUGAGCAGCCGUGAGAUAUUGAGUGUGGCUGAUUUGAUUGGCCAUGCAUUGAAAGGGUUUCCGCUGAGAACAAUGCACAAAGAAAGAGCGAAUUCAUAUAUUCCUAAGGAGCUUGCGAUGCAACUGAAAGGCGAUGCGUUGAAGAGCACAGUUCCAUUUCUUGUAAGCCUUGUUGAAAGAGUGAAAUUGGCACAGAAAGCAUAUGGAAAGGAGUAUGCUAAGCAGAUGGCAGAUAGAAGAGAAUUCGCACAGGCUCGGAUAAAAGAGAUAAAGGUGUUGAUGAAUGCCAUGAUAGAUGACGAGAAAACAAGCAUGAUAAAGAGUUUGAUAAGUGAGGUAGAAUACUAUGAGAAGAUGGGUAUGAGGCCGGUGAGCAUGGCGACAGUUGAUGCAGAAGCAACAAAAGCGAUUUUUAUGAAAAUGGAAGGUAUUGAUGCAGGAGCUACGGAUCCAUAUGUAAAAGAAUAUAUGUCAAGAAGGAUUUGCUUUAGUGAAUCAGUAUCUUCAGAUGUUGAGAUUUCCACGCUAAAGGCAAUGAUUGAGAUGUUAGAAGACGAGUGCGGUAACUGA